AUGAUUCUUAAUGAGUUAGAUAUCUCUAAUAAAUCAGGCAGGUUUGUAGAGUUUGAAGCUGUCAUGUUUAUUGUUUACUCAGCGUGUUUCUUCACAGACAGAAACCUUUUUACUGUCAGAGUGACUGUGGGAACAUGGAGGGAAAUUUCAGAUUCAGAAUCUACAACGGUCUAUAACAGUCUAUAAUAGUUUAUAACAACACGGAGGGCAUUUUCAGAUUUCGAGCUUUAGUCUGAAAAUUUCCUGAAUUUAGAUUUUCAGCAGAAACAGAGAGAAGAAGCAGAAGUGAGGAGAAACUGUCCAUAAACCUUUGGCCGCAGUCUGUUUCUGUGUGUCUAUUUCUUCUCAUGGACACCUCCCCUGUGUGUGUGUGUGUGUGUGUGUGUGUGUGUGUGUGUGUGUGUGUGUGUGUGUGUGUGUGUGUGUGUGUGUGUGUUUAUUUCAUUCUGUACUCUCGGCUGCUCGCUCCUCCUGUUCCAGGCAGGCAGAGGGAUUUCUCUGCCAUCUUAUUGGUCAGCAGAACAAAGCUCCUCCCCCCUCUUCUCGCUCUCUCCCCCUCAUGGCUCCUCCCCCCUCCUCUUUCUCUCUCCCCCUCAUGCAGAGGGAGAUCGAGGGAGGGAGGGAGAGAGAGUGAAAGUGGAGAAGCAGGCAGAGGCAGACUUGUUGCAACAGAUGGCUUUAGCAGCAGCGGCGGUGUCUCGGCGUCUGCUCCGAGGAACUCUGGGACGCCGUUAGACGUUGAUAGAGAGUGAGUGGGGGAGAUAAAGGAAGGAGAGUGGGAGGGUGUAAGAAAGUCAGAGAGCACGAAAAAACGAGUGCGAAGAAAACCUCUCCUCCUCCUUCUUCUUUUCUCUGGGAUCAGGAACUCUUCGUCUCUGCAGACAGGAAGACGUGUCAGACUCAAGUUUAAGUCGCAGCAGCUGAAGGAGAAGAGGACCGUCGUCUGUGCCUUCCUCCUCCUCCUCCUCCUCCUCCUCCUCUUCGUCCAGCAGCAGCAGGGUCAGAGAGGAGGACGACACCUGCCGACAGAGAGGAGGUCCUGAGGGAGGAGGUGCAGCAGCAGCAGGAAGAAGAAGAAGAGGUACAGGACUGACAUUUAUAUAAAGAGUCUACUUCCUUAAACAGAACCACUGUGUGUCUGCUGGAGAGACCGAGCUCAUCAUCCCUGUGAGAGAGAGAGAGAGAGAGAGAGAGAGAGAGAGAGAGAGAAAGAGAGAGAGAGAGAGAGAGAGAGAGUAUGUGAGAGUCUCUUCAGUUCUGCUCUACUUCACUGUGUGUCAGAUUCUGUGGUCAGAACAGCUUUGUCUCCCUCUCUCUCUCUCUCUCUGUCUGUCUGUCUCUCUUUCUCUUUCUCUAUCCCUCUCUCUCUCCCUAUCCCCCCCCCCUCUCUGUUGCUCCACUUUCCCUGCUGUAGUUUGAAGGCUGUGUUACACUUGUUUGCAGCAGUGUGUGUGUGUGUGUGUGUGUAUUUAUUGCUUCCUGCUUGCAGAGCAUGUGGGAGUGUGUUUGAGCUCCGCUGAGGUCAGUCAGAGAGAAAAUAGGAUGAAAAAAAGGAAAAGAGGGAGUAAGUGUUUUCACUGAGCUCUGAUUUUAUAAAAAUCAUAAAUUUAAUAUUCCGUUUUUCCUCCCUCAGAAACACAAAAACACACUUAAACUGGACUGAGAAACCAGAACCAGGUUUCACUCUGUGAGAUCAAGUCUGUUUGUCCUCAGACGACAGGUGACCUGAGAGGACAGGUGAACAACACCGCUUAGAUGUUCACCUGUCCUCUCAGGUCAGUUUUCUGUGUUUUCAGGUUUUUUGAAAUUUCUGGUUCAAACAGUUCUCACCUGUUCGUCUUUGCUUUGAUCGUCCUCUAUCGUCUACCUGAGGGGGGCAGCAGUUCAAACUGGUGUUGACCCCUGUCUCUGAGGGGUCUUUGAGGAUGCUGUAGACUCUAUAGAGGCUGAUGAUGUUCUGGUCUGCGUUACUGACACUUUGGAGGUCUUUUCUGGAGAACCAUCAGGACCUCCAUGGAGCAGCAGGAGAAGGACACCUGCAGCAGGUUCUGUUGUUUUUCUUGAGGAGUCUCUGCUGGACCUUCUCGAUCAUGGCUGUGGUGUUUUUUGUCUUGGUGGUCUUCAGGAGCAGGUUCUUGUCCCUGCACCACUGGGGAUGAUCAAAUUAAUCAAAAUCAAACUUAUUAGUUCUGAAAGUAAAACAUUUAAACUCUGAGCUAAACAACAGAGAGACGAUUUACAGAGAAACUUAAGACUCAGACGGAUCGAUGGAGGUCUAUAUAGGUCUGAAGUUCUCUGUUUAUCUUUAGUCUUCUCUGAUUUUCCUUUGACUCUGAAUUCUCAGUUCUCAGUUCUUGAGUUUCUAAAUGGUCAGUUUACUUAACACUGAAGUCUGGACCUGAAGAUUUUUAUUUCUUAGUGUUGACAACCUCCAUGCUUUUAAAGGUUGACCGUUUAUUUCAAGAGGUGUAAACAGAGCUCAGAUAACGGCUGAUGAGUUUUGAGGUUUUGAAAAUCGUGACAAUAUUGAAGUUUUGGCCCUUAAGAACAGAAUUCAGCCUGAACCUGCAGUUUUUGUUCAGUGUCAUGGAUUAUUAUACUGAGUGUAAUCUGGUGCUGAUUAUGAACUCGGUGAAUAGGAUUAAUUUCAAGUGAGGAAGUGUGAAAAUGAUCUGAUUUUAUAGAGAUGAGCUCUUUACUGCUGGUGUCUCUUUGUUGUCGUAAAUCUUCUUUUGUUGAGACAGUGGAUGAAUAAAUGAAUAAAUGAGUAUGUUAUUUUAUGUGUCAGUCUCUCCUCUGUGUCAUCAAGGAAACGGUGAAUCUUCGGUCUCUAACGGUUGCAGCAGAGAAACAUGAGUUUAACAUACCGCCAUUAAUAAACAGGAAGAAGGUCAAACACACUAUGACAUCAUCUCACACAGUCAGCUGAUCUGCCCCACUGCAAGGUCGCUGCCAUGGCAACACAGCCUGAUGACCUUUGAACCUGCAGCAAACACACACACACUCUCUCUCACUCUCCUAUUUUACACUGAUUCAUUUAGAAGGUUUGAAGUGUGUGCAUGCGUGCGUGCGUGUGUGUGUGUGAAGCAUCAACUGUAUGUAAUUUCCUCUUCUUCAGGAGGGUGAAUGGUGACCUUUGACCCAGCUUCAUCAAACUUUAAAGGGGGUACAGUGCUAGUUCAGGCAGGACACCAAAGUUAAGCUCCGCCCACAGAGCAUCAGCUGAUCUGAACAGCUGACCACUCAGCUGAUUACCUUUUACUGAUCUUUCUGUCUUCACUCAGGUCCUCAGACCAGUCAGACUUAAAUAAUGUGAUUGGUCCUUACGCUCAGUGAGCUGGUUUAUUAUACACCCUCCCCCAUCCUCCCCUUCCUCCUUUGCUGUAGCAUAAUUGAUGUUAUAGAUAAUCGUUACAGACCGCUGCUUCAGAGUGACUGACCUUCAGAGAGAUUGAGAGAAGAGAGAUGGAGAGACACACAGAGAGAGAGAGAGAGAGGUUUAGUUUGAAUGGAGGUCUUUCUGAAAGAAUGAGUAAAAAAGAAAGAGAGACAGAGAGAGAGAGACAGAGAGAGAGGGAGAGAGAGAGAGAAAGACAGAGAAAGAAACAGAGAGAGAGAGAGAGGUUUAGUUUGAAUGGAGGUCUUUCUGAAAGAGUCUCUGCAGAUCGUCUACAGACUAAAGUUUGUUCACAUACAAACAUAAAUUUAUUCAGAAACAUAAAAACUGUGCCCUGCUGUUUAUGAUUCAAAGUCGUUUUUAACAAUCAUCCUGAUCUUUACACUUAACGCAGACUAAUCAUCGACUUGCUUUAAUUGGCAUGUUUGUAUCCCAUCUGCAGCGCAUCCAAUCACAGGUGUGGUUACAGCGAGGAGGCGGGGUUCCCGUCUGUUUCCAUAGUGACCAUAGAGAGGUUGAUAUCCCACUUUGAGGAUCUGUGGACCUCCUGACUCUCUGUCCUCCAGCUGAACUGUCUCCUGUCUCAGAGUCUCAGACCGUCUCCAUUGGUAAAUCUCUGCAGAUCUGAUGAUGACAUACGUCACCAGGGUUUCUCCGUGUUGAUUGGUUAUCCCAACGCCAACAGUGGUUUGAGUUCAGAUAUUUUCAACUGGCAAAGUCAAUGAACACAAUCGCCGUGUUUUAGUAUGUUGUUUCUGUUUCUGCAGUUUGUGUCAGAAUAAAGUGUCAGAAAUGCAGGUCAGGUUUACAGAGUGUGUGUGUGUGUGUGUGUGUGUGUGUGUGUGUGUGUGUGUGUGUGUGCGCGUGUGUGUGUGUGUCCUCUGGGCUCCAUUAACAGUGAAUCAGACGGACAAGACAAGGUAAAAAAGUAAAGACACUUUCAAAUGAGGGUCUUCGGAGUUCUUCAUGUACUGCAGGAUAUACCUGUUGGUAGUUGAGGUGACGGUUACAAUGGCAUCUUCUUCUCAUAUUCUUAGAGACAGAACCAGUCAUGAGACUGAUUCUGUUCAGACCUCACUGAAAAAUUGUUCAUCAGAGUCUCAGUUUCUCUGUUAAUAGUCUCUCUGGUUUCCUGUUGUCUAUACAGUGUCUCAGUUUCUCUGUUAAUAGUCUCUCUGGUUUCCUGUUGUCUAUACAGUGUCUCAGUUUCUCUGUUAAUAGUCACUCUGUUUUCUGUUGUCUAUACAGUGUCUCAGUUUCUCUGUAAAUAGUCACUCUGGUUUCCUGUUGUCUAUACAGAGUCUCAGUUUCUCUGUAAAUAGUCUCUCUGGUUUCCUGUUGUCUAUACAGAGUCUCAGUUUCUCUGUAAAUAGUCUCUCUGGUUUCCUGUUGUCUAUACAGAGUCUCAGUUUCUCUGUUAAUAGUCUCUCUGGUUUCCUGUUGUCUAUACAGAGUCUCAGUUUCUCUGUUGAUAGUCUCUCUAGUUUUCUGUUGUCUUUACUGACCUGGUUUAUUAAUGGCUCAUUUUUAGUCCACAACAAGGAAAUGAGACUACAGUCCCAUAGAGUCUGAAGACUUUGUCCAGUUUCAGGUCCAGGUUCAGGUCCUCAGCUGUGUGUGGUCUUGUUUUCAGUUCCUGGGUCAGACUGACUCUGACCCUCACAAACAGACCACCAGCUCGGCUAAUUGGAGAUGUUGUAUCACUACCUCAUGUCUUUACGCACACACACACAUACACACACACACACACGUUUCCCAGUGGGAAUUGGCAGCGCAGAGCGAAUUGAGAGAGGAGGCAGAAAGUCAUUACUUCUCUGUAUGUGUGUAUGUGUGUGUGUGUGUGUGUGUGUGUGUGUGUGUGUGUGUGUGUGUAAUCCUGCCAUCAGUAUGCUGGUCAUGCUUCUGCAGCAGAGGGAGGAAAUUGAAGAGAAGAAGGAGAAUGGGGGGAUGGGAGGGGGGCACAUGGCGGUCUUUUGAUUACUGUCACUCACUGUGUUCUUGGAUAGAGGAUUCUAUAUCACCACGGUUCUAUACAUUACUGUACUUUUAAUUUUGUUUAUUUUUACUUUGGGUGAAUUGACCCUCUGUUGCAUGUCUUGUUUUGUAACCGUGUUCGUCUGAACAGAAACACAAACAAUCGUGAAGAAACCUUGGUAAUUUUGUCACAGAUAGUCUUUUAAUGAAAGCUGCUAAUGAGGCGGAAAAUCUGUUUUUAACAUUUAACCAGGAAAGACAGUUCUGUAUUUUACUAACAUUGUUUCUGUAUGGACAGGGAAGUAAAUAUCACGUUGACUUGUUUUGAGAUAUUUUCAGUUUCUUUAUAAGUUAUGAAGCAGCUCACAACCAAACCUCUGAACAAUAAUGGAGGUGUGAUAACACCAAAGUUUGAAUUACACUUCCUCUUACAUUUACAGGUAAUAAAUCACCUGAUCACCGACAGACUCCUGCCCAUUUUAUUGAUAACUGUCUCAAUAUGUUUCACUCAUGUCAGUUUACUAUAGAAAACGAUUCCUACAAGUUUGAUUUGGUGCACUUGUUCCUCCAACACAUCGUUCACAUACAGCUUAGUUAGUUCAGUCUGUGGUUCACGGUGUCUGUUAACAUCUCCUCUCUGUCUCUGUGUGUCUGCAGGUCUGAACACAACACCAGACUCUACACACUCCAGGUAACACACUCUCUCUGCUCAUGAUUCAACCACACAGACACACAGACACACACACACACAGAUGUUAAAGUCUCUCUGACUCUUGUCUGUAUGGUCGGCGCUGUAUUUGGCAUUGGUGACGUCUGUCUGUCUCUGAGGUUUGAUCCAGUUGGUGGCGUUUGCUGGAUUGGUGAUUCUUAACUUCUGAGGAAGGGGAAGGGUCGUUACCCUCCUGGCCAAAUGUUACAGUGUGCCUGGCUGUCAGUCAAGUCAGCGGUGCCUCUGAUUGGUUGAUCGUAUAUCCUUUUUGAAGCAGGCUGUAAACCUGUUUACUUUUGCUCCAAAAUCAACUGUUCUGGUUCUGGUUCUGUGUGGACCUGGUUUCUGGUGCUUUUGCACUCAGAGAAGUUAAGUUUCUCGCUCUUCUGUAUUUGUCAGACCCAGGUUGAUGAUUCUGGGUUGAUGUUUCUGGGUUGAUGAUUCUGGGUUGAUGGUUCCUGGUUGAUGAUUCUGGGUUGAGGUCAGAGUGUUUGAGGAUGAUGAUGGUCCAGAACCUUGAGUUAAAUCCUGAAGUCGGAGUCCUGGAUCUGCUGAGGAGAGAAUGAAUUACAAAGGAGACACUACAUGUUGGUGUGUGUGUGUGUGUGUGUGUGUGUGUUUGUUUCCUCAUCCUGACCCACACACACACACACACACACACACACACACACACACACACACACACACACACACACACACACACACACACAUUCCUGAUAAAUGAUGCAGUUUGGAUCCAAACAAUGAACACAUGAAAAACACAUACACACUCACACUCCGGGCCAUCAGUCACUCCUCCUGUUAUUCAAUCAGAUCUGUACAGUGUCUUUAAUCGUCCAACUAAACUUUAAUUAAAGAGGAGGAAGAGCAAGCUGUCUUCUGAUUGGUCACCUCUCCAGAGCCAAGGACAGAGCCCAUGUAGGAGGAGAGGAGAAGGAGAAGGGGAGAAGGGGAGAAGGGGAGAGAGGAGAAGGUAGAGGAGGAGGGAGAAGGGAGAAGGGGAGAGAAUGGAAGACAGAGGAGGAGGAAGAGAAGAGGAGGAGAAGAGGAGUAGAGGAGGAGGAGGAGGCCAGAGAGAGGAGGAGGAGGAGAGGAGGAGGGGAGGAGGAGGAGAAAGAGAGAGGAAAGGGAGGAGGAGAGAAGGAGGGAGAGAGCGAGGAGGAGGAGAGAGAGAGCAGGAGGAGAGAAAGAAGCUUAAUUUUGGUCCUCUCUCUUAUUUAUGUUGGUCUGUUUGUUAAUCUGGUUUGUUUUCAGCUCAGCUUCAGUUUCUGUCAUUUGAAGUUCCUUCCAGCCAUGAUUACCACCAACCUAGAGAGGUGCAGAUAAUAAAAUACUUAUUAGUAUUAUUAUUAUUAUUGUUAUUAUUAAUUUUGCAAACACACAGGAGCACAAACUUCUCCUCACACAUGUAGUCCACUCUUAGACAUCCAUAUCUAGUGUUACGUACAGUUUUAUUUAAUUCUGAUGAUAUUUAGAGGGGAGAGAGAAAGCACACACACACAAACACACACAAACACACACACAAACUGUCUUUCUUUCUUCCUCUCAGGGUUUGUUUGUUUCUCGUCCGUCUCCAUGGUAACCUUUAGUCUCUCUCAGAGUCGAGUCGUUUCCCUAAAAUUAAAAACUCUUUCGCACUCACACAGUUAUGAUGGCGGCUGAAGUCUCAGUAACUCCAUCGCUCUUCUAUCCUCAGAUUAUCCAAAUUCAAUUUUUUGAUUUUUAUUUUCAUAUGAACUCUUUUAUAUCUGGAAAAUAAGAGUUAAACGUUUGAACUGUAAAAAAUAAUUAUGUUAAAGUGAAUCCUCGUGUUCACUAAUAAAGUCGUGAUUGAAUUAAAGUUUAACCUGAUUUACUCUAAUGACAUUAAGACCAGAAUGAGGAGCGGGAGGGUCAGUGAACUAUUUAUUACAAAAAAACAAAAAAAUAAAAAACACAUUUUAUAGAGUCAGAAGAAGAUGACAGGGAAAUAAAAAACUAUAGACAGUGAAACACCUUUAAAAUAAUAAAACAACUUUAAGAUCAUAAAACACCUCAGAAAACAAAACAAGUAAAAGAUAAUGAACACUUUUAAGACACUAAAACUUUUAAAGACUUUAAAUGAAAUCAAAACACUCUAAAGAUUAUAACACACUUUCAGGAUAAUUGAAUACUUUGAAGAUAAUAAAUGAAUUUAAACAGUAUUUAUAUGAAUAUAAAGCAAACAGACGUGACGUGUGGAUAUGGAGGUUCUGAAGGUUCUGGAUCAGGAAACUUCACGUUGGCUCAGUUUAGAGUUUAGUGAUUAAAAAUGAAAGAUUUUAAUCAGAUCAUUUGAACUGAAUAUUUGAUUCUUUCUCUCCAGGAUGGUCAGAAAGUUUGAGUUUUUAAAUUCAAAAAGGUCUGGACAGACAGAGGAGAAGAUGAGAUCCUGCAAAGCAGAACCUCAGAACCUUAAAUCCUCAAAACCUCAGAACCUCAGAACAUGAGUUAAUGUUAGAAACAGAGUUCAGACCUUCACUCUCUGUGCAGCUGUCUCUCUCUCUCUCUCUCUCUCUCUCUCUGUCUCUCUCUCCUCUCUCUCUUUCUCUCUCUCUCUCUCUCUGUCUUGGAGUUAGUGCUGGGUGUGGAAAGUGUGGAGGUGGUGAGUGUGUGAGAGUGUGUUUUCUCUAUAACUUUUUCCACUGUUUCCUACUUUCUGGUCACUGUGCAACCGGUAACCAUCAUUGUGUGAUCGUUAAUGGAGGUUGGGUGGUGAUCGGCGGCCGGCGAGUCGUGUUUCCUAGUGGAGAUGGCGUCCUCCGGGACGGCGUCUUUGUCUUUGAGGCAUGGCGUGUGGGUCCAGCCCAACCUAUAGGUCCCGGUGGAGAUGGUUCUCCUGGCUGCGGGGGACUGCGUGGGACACGCCAACCUCGCCUAUGCCUCCAGGAUAAACAAAGGUGUAGUGGUGUUUGUGAAAGAGGAGAGACUGGUGGCGGAGCUGGUAGCUAGUGGGGUCACCGUGGGCGGUGUUUACCUGCAGGUCUCCCCGCUCGCGGUGCCCUCCACCCGGGUCACAGUCUCCGGUGUUCCGCCGUUUAUUUCCAAUUAGGGUUUUUGAAAAUAAAUGAGUUGCAGCGCUUUGGGAAACUGCAUGCCAGCAGCAUGCUGUGGAUUUCUACAGCAACCUCUUCAUGAGGGAGGACUGUGACCAACAGUGUGAAGAAGAGCUGCUGCAGGGGCUUCCUCAGCUGAGUCCUGAGGAAAGAGCAGUCCUGGACGCUGGAAUUGCCAUGGAGGAACUUACUGCUGCUGUGGGUCAGAUGGCUCCUGGUCGUGCUCCUGGGCUGGAUGGGCUGCCGGCUGAUUUCUUCGAGCACUUCUGGAAGUGUGUUGGUGUCGAUUUGUGGGAGGUGUUGCAGGAGUGUUCCAAGACAGGCCUGUUGCCGGGAUCCUGUAGGUGUGCAGUUCUUUCUCUGUUGCCGAAGAAGGGGGAUCUGACUCUACUCAAGAACUGGAGGCCUGUGGCCCUGCUAUGCACUGAUUACAAAGUUUUCUCUAAGGUGCUGGCUAACAGGCUCAAGGAUUUCCUGGUGCUCAUCAUCCAGAGGGACCAGUCAUAUUGUGUACCUGACAGAUCCAUCAUGGACAAUUUGUUUCUGAUGAGAGACCUGUUGGACAUUUGCAAACUGUACAGUAUUGAUGUUGGUAUCAUAUCCUUAGACCAGGAAAAAGCUUUUGAUAGGGUGGACCAUGGAUUUCUCUUUGCCACUUUAGGGCUUUUGGGUUUGGGGAAAGGUUUAUAUCGCAGGUGGGGCUACUGUAUACGGAUGCUUCCUGUCUGUUGAAAGUGGGGGGUGGGUUGAGACAGGGAUGUCCUAUUUCUGGAAUAUUGUACUCCAUAGUUAUUGAGCCUCUUCUGACCAGGAUAAGAGCCAAGCUGUCAGGUCUCCUGUUGCCAGGGAUGCCUCAGCACCUUUCGCUGGUAGUGUCCGCUUAUGCGGAUGACGUUACAGUCAUUGUGCGGGAUCAGGAGGACGUUGAUUUGCUGAGUUGUAGUCUAAAUCUUUAUAAAAAGAGCUUCUUCAGCAAAAGUUAACCGGGGGAAGAGCGAAGCGUUGCAGGUUGGGCAGUGGGCAGACAGGGACAUUCCAAAGCUGCCAGGAAACCUUGGUUGGGGAAGGCAAGGGUUAAAAAUGUUGGGUGUCUUUUUGGGGACAGAGGAGUUUCAGGCGAAGAAUUGGGAGGGUGUUGUGAAGAGAGUGUUUGCCAGACUGUCUAAAUGGAAAUGGCUGCUACCUUAGCUUUCUUACCGGGGACGAACCCUGAUUGUCAACAACUUGGCUGCCGCGACCCUGUGGCACCGCAUGAUCGUGCUGCCUCAACCCAGGGGCCUGGUGGAAGAACUUCAGAGGGCAGUUGUGGACAUUUUCUGGUCUUGGUUGCACUGGCUGAAAGCAAGGGGGGCAGGGCCUGGUGAACAUUGCAUCCCAGAUCACAGCCUUCAGGCUGCAGACAGCCCAGAAACUGCUGUACAGCUGUGGCCUGCCAUGGACUGACGCCGCCUGCUUGCUGCUGAGGAGAGCUGGACGCCUGGGGUACGACAAACAUCUGUUUCUGCUUCCGCCCGGGUCCACGGAUAUGACCGGUAUACGUUCUAUGACUCAGUCCUGUAGGCGUGGCAGGUUCUCAGGUUCCAGCAGAAGGACGUUGGGACGGUGGGGAUGUGGAUCCUGGAGGAACCUCUGCUUGGUAGCAGUCUCUUUACAUCUCGGGCCCUGUCCUCUGCCAGCCUGAGGUCCAGACUGAGGAAGGGUGGCUGUGUGAAGCUGGGUCACCUCAUAAAGACCUCCAUUGGCCCAUCUGUCUGAGCUGCUGAACAUCAAGUCCAGGAGGCUGCUGCUGAGGCUGGUGGAGGAGGUCCGGACGUCGCUGCCAGGAGCCCUCAGAGCUUUUUCUGAAGACAGGGCUGUGCUGGAUCAAUGGGAGGAUGGAGCUGGGUAUCCUUUUCCUUCUCUGACAAUCUUUCCUGCUGGGGGUCAGUGGCAGGACGAGGGGGACGUCCUGCUGUCCUUUCAGACCCCAGUGCUGGGUUAUCUGGAGACCCUGGGGAAGAAGGGGGGGGGGGGGGGUACUGAGGAUAUGGUGCUGAUGGUGACUGGGAUGCAGAGUGGAGUUCUAGUUUUACAGACUGAUUAA